AUGGGCAGGAAGCGGGCGACGUCCAUGGCGUCGACGCGCAGCGGCGAGACGACGACGCAAGAGCUGGGCAGCAUGUACGACUACCUCGCGAAGACGGUGCUGCUUGGGCCCAGCGGCGCCGGAAAGUCCUGCCUCCUGCACCGCUUCGUGCGCGACGAGUGGCGCGUGCUCUCGUCGCAGACGAUCGGCGUCGAGUUCGCCUCCAAGACGGUGCAUAUUGCCGACCGCAAGUCGUCGGCGCCCUCGAAGCGCAAGCGCGUCAAGCUGCAGCUGUGGGAUACGGCGGGCACUGAGCGCUUCCGCUCCGUCAGCCGCUCCUACUACCGCGGCGCGGCGGGCGCCAUUCUGGUGUACGACGUCAGCAGCUGGCGCAGCUUCGAGCAGCUGCAGACGUUCCUGAACGACGCCCGCGCGCUGGCGGGGCCCGACAUCACCAUCAUCCUGGCGGGGAACAAGAGCGACGUCGUGGACCCAAACAGCCACUACAGCCCAACCGCCGGCGACAGCUAUGCCAGCACCCCGACCGCCGGCUACAGCUACGCCAGCACCCCGAGCUCCGACUACGGCCUGUCGCCGCCCACGCCCUCGAGCCAGUCGUCGCUGCACUACAAUCUGAACAACCACUACACCCUCGCCCCGGAGGGCAGAGAGGUCUCGCAGGAAGCCGCCUCGCGCUGGGCCAGCGCGAACGGCAUCCCCGUCGCCGUCGAGGUCUCGGCCCUGAGCGGCGAGAACGUCGAGGAGCUGUUCGGCCGCCUGGCGCGCAUCAUCCUGGCCAAGAUCGAGCUCGGCGAGAUCGACCCGGACGACCCCCAGAGCGGCAUCCAGUACGGCGACCUGGCCUGGGACGACGGCGCCAGCAGCAUCACGAGCGGACACCCCAGCGGCUCCGUGCGGUGGAGGGGCGGCAAGAAGAAGCCCCGCGCAGAGUGGGAGGACGUCUUCAGGCUGAGCGGCGGCACGAAAAGGGGACGCGGUUGUUGCUAG